AUGUUGUCCUGCAGCGGAUGCAUGAGGCAUUGCCUGCAGAGCAUAAUUGGGGACUCUGCCUAUUUUACAGCUUCAUCACGGCGGCUCUCGACCUCGAAUCUCAGCAGACGGCCCCUGAGGCGAAACAACAGUACUUCCUACGAGAGAAGCCAAGCAGGGAGGGAUAGAUUUGGCGAAUCCUCAAGUACAUAUUCGGCGGAGAGCAAUCGAACAGAGAGAGAACGAUCUGGCAAAUUCGAAGGUCGCGAUGCAGGACUCGACAGGACGCGACAGGAGAAGAGACCUGGAGCUUCGGCACGCUUGGUACAGAGGAAGCAAUGGCUGGACUCGAGGGGCAUCCGGCCUCCGACCAAGAAGGAAUCAAAGAAAGAAAGAACAGAGGCCCAAGUGCAACAGCAUCUCAAGUAUCUUAACGAUCCGGUGAAAAUGGCUGAUUACGUGCGGAAGACGCUGCAAACCUCUGGCGACUUUGAUUUCGUGCAGGAGCUUGUCAGGGCGGCCAGCAAGAAUGAUAUUCAUGUAAUGAAAAAGCGUGCUCAGACACCCGAUGCCUAUACUUACACUACAAUAUUUAACGGCUGCGUAGCACACAAGGAGUCCAAUAAUGCUUUGCCCAAGGUUCUGACCAUCUACAAUUCGAUGUUCGCCGAUAACUCAAAGGUCAAGCCAAAUACGAUUCACAUGAACUGCGUGUUGCAGAUGUGCGCCAAAGCCAAAAACAUGGACGCUCUAUUUGCCAUAGUCGCCCAGUUCACCGAGAAGGGGCUCCAGUCGCCUAACAAUUUAAGCUUCUCAAUUAUUUUAAACGCUAUCCGGUUCAACGCUGCAGCAGGGAUGCGUAGUAUACUGAGUCCGAUGGAGCAAAGACAGAACAAACGUGCGGCCAUUGCGAGCUCCCGAGAAAUCUGGAUUGAAGUAGUGGAGCGGUGGAGGAAGGGAGAUUUAUGGAUCGAUGAGGAGCUGGUAGCUUCAAUGGGCCGACUCCUGCUGAUUGGGCAAGAAGAAGACUGGGACGACAUAUUCUCGUUGAUCCAGCAGACCAUGAACAUCCCACGCCAAAUUCCAAAACUCGGGUCCCCAGCUCGCCAGCGUAUGGAUCCAGCAAGCCAAGGCAAAGAAUUCCACAGCAGGGUGUCGAGCCGAGAAGAGCAGCCAGAUGAUGAUGCCCAAGAUGGAGCCGCAAGCCCAGACCCGAAGUUCGAGGACAUCAUUGUCCCGAUCGCCAAAGCAGAAGGAAUAGCCAUGUACGCCAAGCCAGGGCCCAACACGCUCUCACUCCUUCUCCAAGCCGCCCUCCAGCUACGCCUCAAAGCCCCAGCGGUGUCUUACUGGAAUAUUUUCACCAAAUCGCUUCUCCUGACCCCCGACGCUGAAAACUAUCACGCCUACUUGCGUGUGCUUCGGCUAGCACGAGCUAGCAACGAGACCGUCCUCCUCCUGCAAGAAAUGCCCAAACAAGACAUGGCCGCCAAAACCUUCCGCAUCGCCAUGUCCUGCUGCGACCGCGAUAAACGCAACCCCAACGCCUUCACUAACGCCGGCAAAAUCCUCGAUAUUAUGCAGAUGGCUCUUCCCCAACCUGACAUUCCCGCUCUGACAAACUACCUCGACCUAGCCAUCACAGGCCACGAUGGCAAACACAAACCUGGCACCACGACCACAACCACCACCACCUCCUCCUCCUCCUUCACCUCCCCGAAAACAGCACAAGGCAAGCAGAUCCUGCGGGCACUCGACCGACUCAACCCCUCCUUCAUCAACCUGAAAUCAAUGCUGCAGUUCGGGGAUGCGCACUCACGGAACAUGAAUGAACACCAGAGACGCGAUUUUACCAUGGACAUCAUGGGGCUGACGCGGCGCAUGAUUGCCGCCUACGACUACAUGAUGAACUACGCCCUGGUGCCCAGAGACAUGUACCAGGACCUCACGAAGCAGCGCAGUAAGCUUGCCGCGUUCGUGACCCGGCACCAGAAUGCCAAGGACAAGGCCUCACCGUCUGGUGAGGUCACCGUAGACGGGAGGAUCAGGCCUCGGUCUCGAGAGCCGCUGAAGGCGGACGAGAUUGAGUCUGCAAAGUCCUAUUUCAAAGCUGCGUUAAAGAAAGCGGAUCAACAAGAGAGUGCUAGUCUGAGAAGGAGCCGGCUUGGCGUCUAA